CCCAUUUCAUUUCCAUCACAAAUCAAUACAAAUAUUCUCUCUUCGUAGUUCAAUUUAAUCUCUCAAAAAUGUCUGGACGUGGUAAGGGAGGCAAAGGUUUAGGAAAAGGAGGAGCAAAACGACACCGUAAAGUUCUCAGGGAUAACAUUCAGGGAAUAACUAAGCCAGCAAUAAGGAGAUUAGCGAGGAGAGGCGGAGUUAAAAGAAUAAGUGGGUUGAUAUAUGAGGAGACACGUGGCGUGUUGAAGAUAUUCUUGGAGAAUGUGAUACGUGAUGCUGUUACGUACACUGAGCAUGCUAGGAGAAAGACUGUUACUGCUAUGGAUGUUGUUUAUUCCUUGAAGAGACAAGGAAGAACCCUUUAUGGAUUUGGCGGUUAAUUUUGCUGUGUUACUAAGUUGUUUCUAUUGUUGGGUCAAUGAAUCGAGAUGGUUUCGGUGGUUGAUUUGGUAUAUUUUAAUUUGUUCUGUUGUUGGGUUGAUGAAUCUAGAUGGUGUUUUGGUUAUAAUAUUAUGUAGGUGAAUGUUAUGAGAUCAUUGUAAUUGAUGGGUUUGUGUUUAAUGAAAUGGAUCUCAUUAAUUCUUCUGUUUA